AUGGCAGCAGAACUAAACAUCAAUCGGAAGCGGCAUACUGUAACUGUAUUGCAGAAUGGAAAGGUAUUGAUCACUGGUGGAUACAAUCACAAAGGAGUUCUUCGUGAAUGUGAACUAUAUAAUCCAUCAAGAGAUCAAUGGAUACUAGUAGCAAUCAUGUCUGUUGCAAGAGUGCAUCACACCGCAUCUUUGUUGGAUAAUGGCUUGGUGCUAGUGACUGGUGGUGGAAACUCUGACAUGGCUCUUUCAAGUGCUGAACUGUACAAUGGAUCAGCGAAUACGUGGACAAACGCACAAAGCAUGAUCCAUCACCGAUCUCAACACACAGCCAUUGUGCUGCAGAGUGGAAAAGUGCUCGUUGCAGGUGGUUGGAACAAUGGAGGAAUAGCUCAAGAUACUGCUGAACUAUACGAUCCUCAGACAGGUGUUUGGACAGCUACUCAAAGCAUGACCUGUGCUCGUGUAUAUCAUCAAGCAUCGUUGUUAACAAAUGGAAAAGUACUAAUCACUGGUGGAUUCGGUUUUUGCUCCAUAGGUAUGUCCCCAAAGACGAGUGAGUUGUAUGAUCCGAAAGCAGAUGCAUGGAUCAGAACAAAUGACAGGAACAUUGAUCGCAUUGAUCAUGCAGCAGCUGUGCUCCAAGAUGGAAGAGUGCUGGUAAAUGGUGGAUAUAGUUCAAUCGGAGUGAUGCGGAACUCUGCUGAGUUGUUCAACCCAUUGAAGAAUCAAUGGGCCACAACACGUAGUAUGAAAACCCCACGCUAUGCUCAUUCAGCAACUUUGUUACCAAACGGAAAAGUCUUAGUCGUUGGAGGACACUCCGAUCACUCUUUAGACAGUGCUGAACUGUACGAUCCAUCUACCGGCGCUUGGACAGCCGCUGGCAACAUGAAAUAUAAUCGCUCUUAUCAUACAGCAUCUUUACUGACUAGUGGAAAAGUCUUGGUUAUUGGCGGAUAUAUCGGUCCUCAGAAUGGAAUUACAGAAAUAUACUCUAGUGAGAUGUGA